GCUGACUAUAAAUAUAAGAAGACUGGGUGACGUUUGCCAUAUAACGAUCUAUACACGCGGUGAAAGGGUACGUGAGGCGCUGGUUGGAGACGUAAACAUCUUGGGGUCAGGAUGCAGAUCUUUGUGAAGACCCUGACUGGCAAGACCAUCACCCUUGAGGUUGAGCCUAGUGACACUAUUGAGAACGUGAAAGCAAAGAUCCAAGACAAAGAGGGCAUCCCACCCGAUCAGCAGAGAUUAAUCUUUGCUGGCAAACAGCUGGAAGAUGGUCGCACCCUUUCUGACUACAACAUCCAAAAAGAAUCCACUCUUCAUCUAGUACUUCGUCUGAGAGGUGGUAUGCAGAUCUUUGUCAAGACCCUGACUGGCAAGACCAUCACCCUUGAGGUUGAGCCUAGUGACACUAUUGAGAACGUGAAAGCAAAGAUCCAAGACAAAGAGGGCAUCCCACCCGAUCAGCAGAGAUUAAUCUUUGCUGGCAAACAGCUGGAAGAUGGUCGCACCCUUUCUGACUACAACAUCCAAAAAGAAUCCACUCUUCAUCUAGUACUUCGUCUGAGAGGUGGUAUGCAGAUCUUUGUCAAGACCCUGACUGGCAAGACCAUCACCCUUGAGGUUGAGCCUAGUGACACUAUUGAGAACGUGAAAGCAAAGAUCCAAGACAAAGAGGGCAUCCCACCCGAUCAGCAGAGAUUAAUCUUUGCUGGCAAACAGCUGGAAGAUGGUCGCACCCUUUCUGACUACAACAUCCAAAAAGAAUCCACUCUUCAUCUAGUACUUCGUCUGAGAGGUGGUAUGCAGAUCUUUGUCAAGACCCUGACUGGCAAGACCAUCACCCUUGAGGUUGAGCCUAGUGACACUAUUGAGAACGUCAAAGCAAAGAUCCAAGACAAAGAGGGCAUCCCACCCGAUCAGCAGAGAUUAAUCUUUGCUGGCAAACAGCUGGAAGAUGGUCGCACCCUUUCUGACUACAACAUCCAAAAAGAAUCCACUCUUCAUCUAGUACUUCGUCUGAGAGGUGGUAUGCAGAUCUUUGUCAAGACCCUGACUGGCAAGACCAUCACCCUUGAGGUUGAGCCUAGUGACACUAUUGAGAACGUGAAAGCAAAGAUCCAAGACAAAGAGGGCAUCCCACCCGAUCAGCAGAGAUUAAUCUUUGCUGGCAAACAGCUGGAAGAUGGUCGCACCCUUUCUGACUACAACAUCCAAAAAGAAUCCACUCUUCAUCUAGUACUUCGUCUGAGAGGUGGUAUGCAGAUCUUUGUCAAGACCCUGACUGGCAAGACCAUCACCCUUGAGGUUGAGCCUAGUGACACUAUUGAGAACGUCAAAGCAAAGAUCCAAGACAAAGAGGGCAUCCCACCUGAUCAGCAGAGAUUAAUCUUUGCUGGCAAACAGCUGGAAGAUGGUCGCACCCUUUCUGACUACAACAUCCAAAAAGAAUCCACUCUUCAUCUAGUACUUCGUCUGAGAGGUGGUAUGCAGAUCUUUGUCAAGACCCUGACUGGCAAGACCAUCACCCUUGAGGUUGAGCCUAGUGACACUAUUGAGAACGUCAAAGCAAAGAUCCAAGACAAAGAGGGCAUCCCACCUGAUCAGCAGAGAUUAAUCUUUGCUGGCAAACAGCUGGAAGAUGGUCGCACCCUUUCUGACUACAACAUCCAAAAAGAAUCCACUCUUCAUCUAGUACUUCGUCUGAGAGGUGGUAUGCAGAUCUUUGUCAAGACCCUGACUGGCAAGACCAUCACCCUUGAGGUUGAGCCUAGUGACACUAUUGAGAACGUCAAAGCAAAGAUCCAAGACAAAGAGGGCAUCCCACCCGAUCAGCAGAGAUUAAUCUUUGCUGGCAAACAGCUGGAAGAUGGUCGCACCCUUUCUGACUACAACAUCCAAAAAGAAUCCACUCUUCAUCUUGUACUUCGUCUGAGAGGUGGCUGUUAAACUUAAUCAGAACUUCAUUCCAUGUUGCCAUUUUCUUUGCACUGUGUUGGUGGUUGUCUGCUGCAGUUUUCAACCUGUGGAUUUAGUUAAAUAAAGUUUGUUGCACAUUUGA